AUGUUAGUACCUUACCUCGAAGAGACCUCUAAGCCCCGAGCUACGAAAGCGCUCUCCUGCCCAGCGCUCGUGGACCUGCUCCCCGAGAUUCCCUGCGUCGCGGAUGACCCUUACAACUCCUCGCCAGAGGAGGAGCGGUCGUCAGAGUUCGUGUCAGAAGAGGUGAUGAGCCAAGAGGUCCGUGAUCGCAAGGCUGGCGGAGAGGAUCUUCCGCUAAAUUACAAGAAGGUACCCAUGAUUGACUUGCCCCUCGGUGCCACAGAAGACCGCGUCUGUGGAACCAUUGACAUCGAAAAGGCCUUGACUCAGGGCAAGAAGGCCUUCGAGCCCGGCUUGCUUGCCAAAGCCAACCGCGGCAUCCUCUACGUGGACGAGGUGAACCUGCUGGAUGAUCACCUCGUGGAUGUGCUGCUGGACAGUGCGGCUGGCGGCUGGAACACAGUGGAGCGCGAGGGUAUCAGUAUCCGCCACCCCGCCAAGUUCAUCCUCGUUGGGAGUGGCAACCCCGAGGAAGGUGAGCUCCGACCGCAACUGCUUGACCGCUUCGGCAUGCACGCGCUGAUCCGGACGGAGAGAGAUCCCGAGCUGCGCGUGAAGAUUGUGGAAAGCACCCGCGAGUUUGCUGACGACCCCGUGGGCUUCAGAGAGCAGUAUGUGGGCGACAACAGCGAGUUUGCAACCUCCAUCCUGGAGGCACAGACGCGCCUGAAAGAGGUGAAGACGCCUCCGGAACUUGCCCGCAAGAUUUCGGAGGUCUGCAGUGAGCUCAACAUCGACGGACUCCGAGGUGAUAUCGUCACCAACCGCGCAGCCCGGGCCUAUUGCGCCUUCGACGGACGAACGGAGGUGACCUCCGACGACGUGGGCAAG